GUUGGGUACUGGUCCCACGAUCGGAUCUAUAGGCGUCACGGUGUCACGAACGGCCCAUCAAAGACUUCGAAUGCAACACUACAUAGACUCUAUGGGUUCAUGGGCAGGACGCGUGCGCACUGCGCAUGCGAUCACUGGAUAAACCGCAAUCCCUCUCCCAUCUACUUUCGAGUCGCACUACGACGGUAUUGACUUUACGAAACAUUUCGCUAUGGAUGCUUUGUGGUCUUUCGUCAAGUAUGGCGGGGCUAUACAUAGGCAAUCCCGCCCCCCGGAACCCGUGUUCAGCGCGGAUCACAUUACGGACCUCAGCGGGCGGGUGAUUCUAGUGACAGGUGGCAACAACGGGAUAGGCAAGGAGACCGUGAGAGUUUUGCUGGAGCACAACGCCAAGGUGUACAUGGCGGCACGAGAUGAGAAGAAGGCGCAAGACGCUAUCGAGGAGCUGAAAGCGAAGACAGGGAAAGAAGCGCUCUUCUUGGAGCUCAACCUGGCCAACCUGGCGUCCGUACGUCAAACUGCACACAAGUUUCUUAGCAUUGAGAAGGAACUGCAUAUCUUAUACAACAAUGCCGGUGUUUCCAAUAUACCCAUCGACUGGCUCACCGAUGAUGGAUACGACAUGACUUUCGGAACGAAUGUAGUCGGCCACUUCCUUCUGACGCAAUUGCUUAUGCCUGCUCUCCAGGCCGUGAAGGACACAUCCCCAGACCAUCAUGCUCGCAUCAUCUGGUUGUCAUCAUUUGCACAAUAUCUCUCGCCGCUCAGCUUCGACGUAUUCAAGGAUACACCGCAGCGAAGGAAGGCUGGCAGUGACGUCAUGUAUUUUCAAAGCAAACUGGCCUGCGUCAUGCUCGCUCGCGAAUAUGCGAAGCGCUAUGGCGAUCAGGGUAUUGUUUCCCUGUCUGUGAACCCCGGCAACAUCUAUACGGGCAUCCUGCGUCACGCCUCGAAGUUCAACCUCGCCUUCACUAACCUCUUCUUGAAGAGAUACCCAGUAGAGUAUGGUGCGCUCACCCAGCUCUGGGCGGGGACCAUGCCGGAGGCACUCGACCACAACGGCGAGUACGUCGUUCCAUGGGCACGCAUAGCCGACCGCGCUCGAUCCGAGGCGUACGAUGACCAGGCUUGCGCACGCCUGUGGGACUGGCUGGAGAACGAAGUCAGGGACAAGUAACCCAGACGCUACAAAGAACUCACCAUUUCCUCUGCAUGGAAUUAGGAUCACCUUCCUGGCACUGCAGCGUCGUUUGAUGAGGAAUGAUUACGCGCCUUACCAGAACAA